GUCCCGUCCAACCUCCUGUAAGCUCAACCAAGAAAUCCGGUUCCUCGUCUCUGCCACCCGUGUUCUUUAUGUCCUCCGACCAGUCACCUCAUUCGUCCUGUAUCCUCUUUUUCGCCCCAGUUCUCACGCUCUCCCAGUCUAUUGCCGGUUCUGAUGAUGUCUGGGUGAGGAGGCGGGUGGAAGAGGGACAGGCCCGUCUUUUCCUUCGCGCUUUCGUCUCUCUCCUGGCUCUUGCUUCUCUCUUCACUUCCGCCCUUGCCGCCACCACUGUUCUUCCACCUGCCCUCUCUGGUCCUGCUGUAGGACAUAUGGGGUUUACUGCUGCCGCUUCCAGGUCAAAGGGUUGGCUCGGGUAUUCCGAUGUGUCUUCUAAGCCAAGGUGGGGGGUGGGGAGGGGGCUUUUAUAGGUGGUCGAGCUUGGAACUGGAGGGUGACGGAUUGACU